AUGGAAAGCUCAAUGAUAUUGGCCGCAUUACAUGGUGAUGAAACUAUUUAUGCAAAUUUGGGUAAUAUUGUCGCACCCGAUGAAGACGACAACGACAUGAUGAUGGCUGAUGACGAUAAUGGCGGCAUGGCAUCGACCACAGCCCAUUCUCUAAUGCAAAACCUUUUGUCGACAAUGGCAACUACGAUGGAAAAGGCAACUGAAGUUGGAGUUCUAGCAUCAACAACAACAACUGCGGCACCAGAUCAUGAUUCCACAGUGUCAAUGGAUAAUUUCUACCCGGCGUUGGUACAAUGUUUUGGUAUUAUUAUUUGUGGUUAUCUGGCGGGACGUUUUAAAAUCAUCACAAAUGCCGAAACCAAAGGCCUGGGAACAUUUGUGGGUACAUUCGCCCUACCCUCGCUGAUUUUCUUGUCACUGGUCGAACUGAAUUGGAGCAAAGUUAAUUGGACGUUUCUAUUGGCAAUGAUGAUCUCCAAGGCAAUUGUAUUCUUUGUGGUGCUGUUGAUAUCGCUGAUUGUGGCAAGGCCAUUGAAUUAUGCUCGAGCGGGGCUGUUGGGUAUAUUCUGUACGCAGAGUAAUGAUUUUGCAAUUGGUUAUCCGAUUGUAAUGGCCUUGUAUCAUGAUGUCCACCCGGAAUAUGCUUCCUAUUUGUAUUUAAUGGCACCCAUAUCCCUGGCCAUUUUAAAUCCAAUUGGUCUCAUUUUAAUGGAAAUUGCCAAAAUUGCUAAAAAUAAAACGGAACAGAUUCAAAAUCCCCCAUUGUGUCCGGAAACCUGUCCUGCGGAGCAGAUGGCAAAACGCAAUCGCUGUUUAAAUGAAAAAACCCUGCUUGUUUUCAAUACCAUAAAAUCGUUAUUUUUCAACCCCCUAUUGCUGAUGACUCUGCUGGGUGUGGCCGGCUCCUUUAUAUUUUCCAAUGGCUUACCCGAAAUGAUGGCGAGUGUUUUACGCGUCUUUGGUCAAUCAUUUUCGGCCACAGCAUUAUUUUUAUUGGGCUUAAAAAUUGUUGGACAAGGUCGUUCUCUCAAGGGAUCGGAAUUUUUGCUGCCCGGCAUUUUGAUAUUGGUUAAAAUUUUGGUCCUCCCCCUGGUAUGCCGACAAACCGUGAAUAUUAUGCAGGCUGGUUCUGAUUUUAAUGAUACCACCGAGUUGAGCACAUUUGGUUUUCUCUAUGGUACAUUUCCCGCUGCCCCAGGGGCAUUUGUUAUUGCCACACAAUAUAAUAUUGAAGUGGAAUUGAUUGCCAAAAGUAUGGUUUUGUGUACGUUCAUCUCGGCACCUCUCAUGUUUAUAUCGGCAAAAAUGAUUUCAUUGACCAAUCUCAAUCCCAUUGACUAUCUCCAUGAAUUGGAUGCAUUCUCAUUCGAUAUUAGUGUAGCUGGAGUAGCUGCCUGUAUUUGGAUGUUGUUGCUGUUGAUCACUACAAAACGUUUUAAACGUCUGCCACAUCGUAUCACAUUCUGUUUGGUAUUGUCACAACUAAUGUGCUGUGUCGGUGUCAUACUGUGGUCCAAAUUGGAACAUCAUCAAAAAUGGCCAUUGAUGAUACAAUUUUUCUUAUUCAACAUCGGCACUUAUAGUUCACGAUUGUGGACGGGUAUUUUGGCCAUUUCAUUGCUAUUUUUACAAUGUCGCAGUUUAUGUUUUGUAUUGAAACUGUGGCCUUAUAUGAUUGCCUUUGCUUGGGGCAUUCCAACAUUAAUAUCUGGCUUGUUGGUGGCCUUCGACAGCAAUGUUAUGUCCGGGGAGAAACAUAAUCCCAGUUUUCAAUAUGGCAAUGCCCAGGCGGCAAUAUCAGUAUUUAUGUUGGUAAUGUGUUUCAUCGUAACUGUCGGUUGUUUGGUGAUGCAUCAACGCUACAAGAAACGUUAUGAAAAAUAUUUAACCUAUGCUCGAGAAUUAUCUAAUCCUGAGUCAGAAAACUCCGAUCUGCAAUCCACAAUAUCGACAGCAAAUCUUUUAUCGAAUUCCGGCAAUUUACAUCAAAGACGCCGUUAUACAUCCUACUCUUCAUCCGAUGAUGAUGAUAUGCUACCAAAUACAGGAAAUGCUGGUGGUGGUGCUUGUAAUGGUUCCGUAACCAAUUCGAAUAAAACUACUACUGGUAAUGCAGAUGUUGGUGGUUGCGGCAGUGGCAAUUGUUGUUCAUCCAGUAGUACAACAACAACAAGUCCCACAACAACAGUGGUCGUUGACAUUGAAGAUCUACUGAACAAACGUAAUUUGGAGCAGAGUAAAAAAGAUUCCGAGGAAACGGAUAUCACCCAACCCAAAGACGAACAAUUAAAUCAAGUUAACAAUGGCAUACGUUCCGGCAUUUGUAAUCCAUCGUUUAAUUGUGGAGCCAGCACAUCACAAAAUUGCCAAUCGAUUAUUGAACGCUAUGAAGAUCAGACGCGACGUGAUUUGGAACCACUGGAACAUGCCACAGAUGGUGAUGAACAUCAGACAUUGAAACACAUUGUCUUGCUUAUUAUAUUGCUGUGCUCAAUGUUUGUGGGUCUGGCUGUCUCCAUUUGGACUCUGGUUAUGGAGGGAAUGUCGGGAAUCUAUUUAGAAUUAAGUUUCCUGGAUGCAUUCUUAAAUUUCGGACAAAGUUUAAUUGUAAUGGCUGUGUUUAUAGGAGAUAUUGGAGAGUUCUUGCGACCAUUGAUUAAGCUGUGGCGGAAAAUAUGGUAUGGUGCUAAUGUUGUCACACUACCACAUUGGUCACAGGUUAGUCAAGAGACCAAGCACAUUUGCGAACAAUUUAGAACACAUCACUUGGAGAAUUGUAAGAAGGAUAUUGCCAAGGAUCGCAGAUGGCGCAUUAAAACCUAUCGCAAAGUAUUUUAUGGCUGCGAAUUUGUCGACUGGCUUAUUGAGGUGGGCCUAUCCAAAGAUCGCCUGGAAGCGGUGCAUUAUGCCAAACAUUUGGUCAAUGGCCGUGUUUUACGUCACAUCAACAAUGUCUAUCAUUUCGAGGACAAACAAUUGUUGUAUAAUUUCUGUAGUCGCAUGUAA